UUUCAUUGUACACCGUGCGAGAUGUACGAUAUUGAAGAACGCUAUUAUAAACUUAAUCACAAUUUUAUUAAGAUGCUUGGCCUAUGGCCGUGUCAAAAAACUUAUUUUGCUCGAAUACAAAAAAUAUUAUUUAUUGGUAUUCUUUGUGGAUAUAUUAUUGCGCAGCUGCUGUCAUUUUUAACAAUGCAAUUCAGCGUAAAUCUUCUUCUGAAAGUUUUAUCUUUCGUGUUUCCGACUCUUUUUGUCACAAUAAAAUAUUGCACCUUCAUCAUUCAAGCAGAUAAUGUAAAACACCUGGUAGAGCAAAUUCGAUAUGACUGGAAGUUAGUGAAAGGUAAACUGGAAAUUGAUAUUAUCAAAAAAUACGCUGACAAUGUGAGAUUUAUUACAAUGAUUGCAAUAGUGUGCUGUCAUUGUGGCAUAUUGUGUUACAUAACAUUGCAACUUCUACCGUUGAUACUUAACGUUAUUGCACCGUUAAAUGAAUCACGAUCGUUGAAACUUAUCGCGGUCACGGAAUACUUCCUCAAUCGAGAGAAAUAUAUCUGGGUAAUGUUACUUCAUGAGAUAAUUGCCGUUUACUUAAGAAUGGUAACGCUGUGUAGCACUAUUAUGGCAAUUAUGAUGUACAUCUUGCACGCAUGUGCGCUAUUUAAAGUAGCAAGCUAUCGAAUGGAGAAUGCAAUUCAAGAAGAUGUGUUAGCGAUUCGUAAUCCUCUAAAAGAAUAUCUGCUUUAUCAGAGGAUUGUACACGUAGUUCUGAUUCAUCGUAGGGCCAUCGGGUAUAUUGAGCUUUGGAUAUCGAGUUUUACGGUACCGUUUACUAUUCUAAUCUUGAUUGGAGUUAGCUCCUUAAGUGUUAAUCUGUUUCAUGUACGUAAUGCUAUUCAUCUAUUUUCAUUAAUUCUGGAUUAUUCUUUAAGUAAUUUUGUGUUCCAGUUGCUUCAACUAAUAAUAGUUACCGAUGAUGUUAAUGAAAUGUACGCAGUUUUUAUGUCAGUAAUUCUCCAUUUUAGCUAUAUGUUUAUAAUUAAUUAUGGUGGAGAGAUAGUUCAGAAUCAUGGAAUGCAAGUGUUCGAGGCAACUUAUAAUGGAUUGUGGUACGCAGCCCCGCCUCGUACGCAAAAAUUGGUGUUGUUUAUAAUGCAAAGAGCAAUAGUGAAAAUCAAUUUGACAUGUGGAAACAUAUUUGUUGCGUCUCUGGAAGGAUUUCUUACGCUUGCGAGUACAGCCGUAUCUUAUUUUACAGUAAUUUAUUCCACGCGAUAAUAGGAACCCGGAAACACCAAAAGUCUAUUAGUAAACGUAUAUAUAUGGUUUUAUCAAAUUGACAUAAGUAGCAUACACUUAUCGUGUACAUUAUAUUAAAUAUAACGCAGAGACUAUUUGCGCACGCGCACGCGUGCGAGAGUAGUUAUAUGA